AAAAACAAUUAAUUUACUCUUUGGGUAAAUGUAACAGAAAACGAAAUUGAAAUUUGAAUUUUGAAUCAAGAAUUUUGCACUUUGCAGUGCUUUUGCAUUGUCUUGCAGUCUUGCACCUUGCACUGCAAGCAGUAACUAGUGACGUGCAGUAAACAGAAAACCAUAGUAUUAUUAAACAUGCAUUUAAUUUUCUCAAAGCAAGUUAAAAAUCUGCGAUAAUAACCACACGUGUAACCCUGGAUCAAAAUCAAGAUGUAUGGAGCCACUGAGGCAGACGUCAAAGUAGAAAAAGACAAGCAGUCAAUGAAGCAGGAACUGCUGGAUGAACAGCACUGGGACGGCCAGGAGAUUGUGCCUGCAGCCAAGUUAGCUGACACCAAGCUAAGCGUUGAUGCCGCAGAUUUGGACAAGCAACUCCUUCUCUUGUUGAUGCCCGUUAAAUGUGAAUCAACUGUAAAUGAAGAUGAGCAAAUAGAGCUGGAAGAGGAGCAAUUUGAGCCAGAAGCUGAUCAAAAGCUAGACAAUGAAGAGUUAUCGGAAAGCGAAAUUCCUUCAGAAGAUGAAAAGUCUUCUGAAGACAAAGAUAGUGAUUGGGAGCCUUCGGUCAGUAAGCCGAGAGUGUGUGCGAGGAGCAACAACAAACGUGGUGCACCUCCAGCAAAGCGCACAAAGAACGCACCACCCGCAAAGUCUCACAGCUGCAAAGUUUGCUACAAAGAGUACAAAAGCGAAUCAUUGCUGAAAUCGCACACAAGACUCCACAGUGGGCACAAACCCUACCACUGCCACAUGUGCCUCUUCAGCACUGCGCAUAAAGGCCGCCUCGCGAGCCACGUGCUGACACACACGGGAGAGAAACCGCACGCCUGCAAACACUGUGGACACAAAUGCAGAACGAAAAGCGCUUUGACGAGCCACAUGAAAACACACGGGGGAGCCAAACCGUACACGUGUGAUGUGUGUAAGAAAAGUUUCACAAAGAAAUCAUCUUUGAUAGUUCACAUCCGGUCGCACAGCGGACAGCGACCCCACCGAUGUGAACAUUGUGACUCAACGUUCACGAGCCACCAACAUCUGAACAAUCACAUCGCAGUACAUUUCCCCAAACGCAUCUCAUGUUCACAGUGCGACUUCAAAUGCAGCACCAAGUACACGUUGAAAGUGCAUGCGCGGAAACACACGGGCGAGAAACCCUUCUACUGUGAGGUGUGUCACAGUAAAUUUGCUUUGCGCACGACUUUGUUAGCGCACAUGAGAACUCACACUGGCGAGAAACCCUUCUCUUGCAAGCUGUGCGAGUUCGUGACCGCGCGCAGCGAGAGUUUGGUCAGACACCGGCGUGUACACACGGGGGCGAAACCGCACGCUUGUAAAGAGUGUGGCAACACUUUCUCGAGCAGUUGCCAGCUCAAAACCCACAUGAAAUGUAAACACAGUGAUAUGCGACCGUUUAGUUGUACGCAGUGCGAUGCGAAGUUCAAAUUGAGCACAGGUUUAUCGUCGCACAUGAAAACACACGCCGGCGUCAAAGCGUUUAAGUGUGACACGUGUGGAAAGACGUUUGUGAGUAAAAAGAACCUCACAGCACACACCAAAACACACACGGGGGAAAAAAACUACGCGUGUAACAUAUGUGACUUCGCCACAGCGCAUGUGGGGCGUUUGAAGUCCCACAUAAUGGUGCACACGGGAGAGAAGCCGCACGCGUGUGACGUGUGCGACUUUGCGGCGCGGACGAAGGGCGCGUUGACUUUGCACAGCCGGUCGCACACCGGCGACAAACCGUAUUGCUGCAAAGUGUGUGAUUCAAAAUUCGCAACAAGCUGUGAAGUGACGAGUCACAUGAGAACUCACACUGGGGUAAAACCGUUCGCGUGCGAUGUGUGCAACUUCACCACCGCGCACAGGGGCCGGCUGGUGACGCACUCGUACACACACACGGGGGCGCAGCCCUACCCCUGCGGCCGCUGCAGCAGCAAGUUCAGGGCGAAGCACCAGUUGACUGAGCACAUGCGGAAACACACGGGCGAGAAACCCUUCCAGUGUGACGUUUGUUUACAAAAGUUCAGGUUGUCGGAACAUUUGAGAAAUCACAAGAAGAAACCUUGUACACUGAGUUCCUGAGCCCUCAUUCGCACGAGAGUUUUUUAACGGACGUUAAAAAAGCGUUUUUUCAUUUUUAUACUACAUUUUAACAUCCGUUAAAAAAAACUCUUGUGCGAAUAACAGCUUACUUUAAGAAAGCUCUUGCAUUUCAUUUAUUUUGACGACCUCCGUGGCGCAGUGGUGUGCGCGGUGGAUUUAUGACGGAGGUCUUGGGUUCGAUCCCCGGCUGGGUCGAUUGAGGUUUCCUUAAUUGGUCCAAGUCUGGCUGGUAGGAGGCUUCGGCCGUGGCUAGUUACCACCCUACCGACAAAGACGUACUGCCAGUCGGUUUAGCGUUCCGGUACGAUGUCGUGUAUAAACCGAAAGGGGUGUGUAUUUUCAUCCUCCUCCUAACAAGUAAGCUUAUAUCUUAGAUUGCAUCAUCACUUACCAUCAGGUGAGAUUGUAGUCAAAGGCCAAUUUGUAAAGAAUAAAAAGCGAUUUUCAGUAUAGGUACUCAUUACUUCUUAUGUAAUAAUAAAUGAAACGCCCUGCAGUUUCACCUGCGUAGUUCCCGUUCCUGUGAGAAUAAAAUGGACUAUGAUUCUCAUAAGUAACGUGGCUUUCUAUUGGUAAAAUAUUUUUUAAAGUUGGUUUAGUAAAUUCAAUUUUUUUUUCAUAUUUGCCUCAUUUUUAAAGGUAACCAACUUAUCUAACCAGUCGGUAAUAGUAUUAGGAGUGGAGAGACAGUAGUAGAAUGGGUUUCAAACGACCCCUCCGGGACGAGGACCCCUUUACAUUGAACUACUUAUGCUUUUGAGAUGACCCCCUACAACCUCAUUUUACCUCCAUAUUAGUAAAUAUAUAGAUAAGAAGUUCUAAUGAAAUAAAUUAGUUGCAUAAUA